UACUCUCGUUCUGUGAGAGAAACCCCCUCACAUUUUGUGUCGGUUAAUUUCAUUCCCGGGAUUUGUAUUUAUUUGGUUCCAGGAACUUUUUUAUUUGAAUUGGAAUCUGGAGUGGAGGCCGGAUUCGGUCCGGAGGUAGGGGGAAUGAUCCGGGACACGGGUACAUUGUUAUAAAUAAUUGUAUUUAUUCAAUGCUAUUCAGAGAGGCAUAGUGACUGACUCGCUGUGAAAGAGAGGGGGGAGAGAGGGAUAUCAUGGCCGCUAGCGUCGCCACUCUCAACACUAGCCCGCCAUCCGAACUUAAAAAGCCGGAUCGGGACCCACAGGAAGACUCGGCAGCGGGCGAAAAGCAGGAAAAUAAAGAGUCGGGACCAGACAGCGGAUCUCCAGCGCAGAAAGAACUGCAGGACGGGGCCGACGGUGGAAAUGUAGGGGGAGGAGGGGAUCCUGACAUGAAGAACGGGAACGGGAAUUCGUCUAGGGUGAACAAUAAUAAUAACCAGAAUGAUUCAGGGGGCGCUGAAGGUAAUAACCACCCGGGAAUAGCUCACCACCACCCGGGUACUUUUCCUCCACCUCCUUACGGUUAUAACCAGCCCUACAACCGGGCCCCUUUUCAUCAACAUGGCGGACAACAAAGCCCUGGCAUGGCAGCUGCAGCGGGGCCGGCAGUGCAGCCAGGCAGCAUGAUGGACCCAUACCCGCCCAAUUCGCAUGACCACGGCUUCCCCAACCACUUUAACAACUACAGCCCAUACCCAAAUCGGACUCCAUAUCAGGGCCAAGGCUACGGCAUGAGUUCCCCGCGCAACAACCAGCCCCCGACUGCUGGGGGGCAACCAGGCAAGCAACAGCCAACUGGAGGAACUACACCUAUGGUAGCCCCAUACAAUAAUCAGAGAUAUAACAUGGGAAACCCUCAACCAACCUCAACCCCGACUCUUAACCAGCUUCUAACCUCCCCCAGCUCUGCAAGGAGCUAUCAAAACUAUCCUCCAAGUGACUAUAACAACCCAGAAGGGGCUAGCAAGGGACCAGUAGACAUGGGAAGCACUAGUCAGUAUGGAGGGGGCCAUCCGGCUUGGCAACAAAGAAGCCACCAUCCAUCUCCAAUGAGCCCGGGAAACUCGGGACAACCACUUAGCAGAAACCAGCCUCCAAGUCCGAUGGACCAGGUGGGGAAGAUCAGGGGGCAGCACUACAGUUCGGCCAACCCGUACGCCCAGGGGCAGGGCCCUCCGACCGGGCCCUCGCAGGGGCCCCAGUACCCGGGCCAGGCCUACGGGCCUCCGGGCGCACAGAGGUACCCGCUGGGCAUGCAGGGCCGCACGCCGGCGGGCAUGGGCUCCAUGCAGUACGGCCAGCAGAUGGGAGGAUACGGACAGCACGGCCCACACGGCCCCCAUGGCCCAGGCCCCUACAGCCACCAGGGUCAGGCCGCAGGCUACUACGGCCAGCAGGGCCCCCCAUCACAUGGCCCCCAGCAGCAGCAGUCCCCGUACCCCCAAACCCCCCACGGCUCUGGUCCCCCAGGCCAGCCACCCUACUCGCAGCAGCAGCAGCAGCCGCAGCAGCAGCAGCAGCAGCAGCCCCCAUCAGCCGCCCACGGCCCCCAUGGACCCCAGGGGGGGCCCUACUCCCAGGCCCAGGGUCCCAUGCAGGGGCCUCCCCAGGGCCAGCCGCCCUUCCCUCACGGGCACCCCCACGGGCACGGCCCACACCCUCACCCCCACUCGCAGCCCCCGCAGGCUCAAGCGGGCCAUCCGCCAGGCCACCCGCAGUUUGGGCAGUCGCAGCCUCAGCCUCAGCCUCAGCCGCAAGGGCCCGGUGCCCAACCCAACCCCCAGGGGCCGCAGUCCCAGCAGCCCAACUACCCGCAGCAGCAACCCGGCCCUGGUCCCACCCCUCAACAGCAACAGCAGCCCCAACAAACGCAGCAGCAACAACAACAACAACAACAACAACAGCAACAACAGCAGCAACAACAACAACAACAGCAGCAGCAGCAGCAAACUGCAUCACAGCAGCAGCAGCCCCAGCCCCAGCCCCAAGGACCCCCUCAACCACAACAGCAGCAGCAGCAGCAGCAGCCACCACAGUCGCAGCAGCAAACGCCGGGUCCUCCGCAGCAAUCCCAGCAGCCCCCGGGGCAGGGGCACGGGCACGGGCCGGGCUCUCAGGGUCAGCCUUCCCCCUACUCCCAGACCCCUCCCUUGCAGCAGCAGCAGUCUCCCUUCCAGCGCUUUGUACCUCCAUCACAGGAGCUCUCCCAGGACUCCUUCAGCUCCCAGUCCAGUGCUCCCCCCUCCAGCCAGCCGCUGGCCCCCAGUAAGGGAGGUGCGGAGGACAGCAUGCAGGGCCGACCCUCCAGCCUGCCGGAUCUGUCGGGCUCAAUAGACGACCUCCCGACGGGCACGGAGGGCGCCCUGAGCCCUGGCGUGAGCACGUCGGGCGUGUCCAGCAGCCAGGGCGAGCAGAGUAACCCGGCGCAGUCGCCCUUCUCCCCCCACACCUCGCCACACCUGCCGGGCAUCCGUGGGCCCUCGCCCUCCCCCUCCGGCUCCCCUGCCAGUGCCAGCGCAUCCCGCUCCGGACCGCUCUCGCCCGCCGCUGUGCCAGGAAACCAGAUGCCCCCCAGGCCUCCUAGCGUGCAGUCGGACGGCAUGCUCCACUCCUCCAUGAACCAGCCACCGAUGGGGCAGGACCGGGUCUACAUGAGGAACCCUCAGAUGCCUCCAUACGGCUCGCCUCAGUCUGGCUCUGCCUUAUCUCCUCGCCAGUCCUCGGGAGGCCAGAUGCAUGCUGGGAUGGGUCCCUACCCACAGAACAACUCCAUGGGUAACUACGGCCCGCAGGGAGGCCAGUAUGGCCCGCAAGGUUAUCCCAGAGGACCCGCUGGCUACGCUGGCAUGCCCAACGCCAACUACGCCGGCCCGGGCAUGGGAGGCUCCAUGAACCCCAUGGCUGCGCAGGGCGGAGGGGGACCCUACGGGGGUAUGCACCCAGGGCGGAUGGGCCCGGGGCAGAUGGGCGCUCGGCCCUACGGCCCUGGCAUGGGCCCCAACAUGGCCGGCAUGCCCCCGCAGGUGCCCUCGGGCAUGGGCCCGCCCCAUGGCAUGAACAGGAAGCCACAGGACGCACCGGGAGCCGCGAUGCAUCAUGGUCCUCCCACUAACUCCAUACACAGGCCGCCAGGCUACCCGCAAGGCAUGCCGCAAGGCAUGAUGGGACCUGGGUCCCCGUACUCCGCACCCCUCAACAGCAUGCAGGGGAUGAUGAACCAGGGAGGGCCCUACCCCAUGGGGGGCAACAUGGCCAACAACACCCCAGGCAUGGCACCCAGCCCAGAGUUUGGUAUGGACGUGAAGAUGAACCAGGCCCCGAAGAUGAACAACAAAGUCGAUGGCACCCCUAAGACUGAGUCUAAAAAGGUAUCGUACAACGAAGUGGACGCCACCCCCAAGACCAAGCCGAAAAAGAAGUCCAACUCGUCCACCACCACCAACGAGAAGAUCACGCGGCUGUACGAGCUGGGCCCGGAGCCCGAGAGGAAGAUGUGGGUGGACCGCUACCUGGCCUUCAGCGAGGAGAAGGCCCUGGGCAUGACCAACCUGCCCGCUGUCGGACGCAAGCCCCUGGACCUCUACCGCCUCUAUGUCUCCGUCAAGGAGAUUGGCGGACUCACACAGGUGAACAAGAAUAAGAAGUGGCGUGAGCUGGCCACCGCACUCAACGUGGGCACGUCCAGCAGCGCUGCCAGCUCCCUGAAGAAGCAGUACAUCCAGUGCCUGUACGCCUUCGAGUGCAAGAUCGAGCGCGGCGAGGACCCGCCACCCGACAUUUUCACUGACAACAAGAAGAACCAGCCCAAGAUCCAGCCACCAUCCCCAGCGGGCUCAGGAUCUCUCCAGGGCCCCCAGACGCCCCAGUCCACUAGCAGCUCCAUGGCAGAGGGUGGAGACCUCAAGCCCCCCACUCCCGCCUCCACCCCCCACCCUCAGAUGCCCCCCAUGCCAGGAGUCAGGAGUAGUGUAAAUCUGCAGGACCCCUUUGCUGAUGGCGGAGACCCAGCCUUCCCCCGACGAAACUCCAUGACGCCCAACUCGGGCUUCCAGCCUGGCAUGGGCGGCCCGGGCAUGGGCAUGGGACCUUACGAGCCCAACAAGGACCCCUUUGGUGGCAUGAGGAAAGCUGGGGAGCAGUUCAUGGGUCCCAACCAGGGCCCCAACACCCCCAUGGGGGAGCAGUUCAACCGUGGCCCCCCAGGACCCAUGGGAAACAUGCCCAUGGCCCAGAGGCAGCAGUACCCCUACGGCCCAGGAUACGACCGAAGGCCAGAGGCAGGCAUGGGUCCUGAUGGGGCCAUGGGCCCGGGCUCUGCUCAGCCCAACAUGAUACCUCCCAAUGCCGACACGGGGAUGUACUCACCUAACCGGCCCCCACACCAGCAGAGGCAUGAUUCCUAUGGUAAUCAGUACCCUGGCCAAGGCCCGCCCCCUGGUGGCCCAUACCCAAAUCAGCAGCCGGGAAUGUAUCCACAGCAACAGCCGAACUACAAGCGGCCAGUGGACGGAGGCUACGGCCCCCCGGCGAAGCGGCACGAAGGCGAGAUGUACAACGUGCCGUUCAGCGGCGGGCAGCAGCAACAGCCUCCCCAGGGACCUCCCCAGGGCCCCCCCAAUGCCCCCCAGUCCCAGCAGGAGAUGUUCAACCAGUACAACCAGUUCCCAGGCUCCGAGCGCCGGCCCGGGGGACCACAGAACCAGUUCCCCUUCCCCUUCGGACGGGAGCGGGGUCCACCGACUGGCGGCAGCAGCGGUGGUGGAGGAGGGGGUGGCCCGAACGCCCAGCCUUCGAUGCCCCCUCAGAUGAUGUCUUCUGGGCCCGACGGCCCGCAGGGUGCCAUGUGGCAGGGGCGUAACGACAUGAGUUACCCCAACUACCCCAACCGGCAAGGCCCGCCAGGCAUGCCAGGGCAAGGCCCGGGGUACCACGGGAUGAACCGCUCGGAGGACAUGAUGCCGUCGGAGCAGCGCAUGAACCACGAGGGCCAGUGGCCUCCCCACAUGAGCCAGCGCCAGCCCCCGUACGGGCCCGGAGGCGCCGGACCGCCCGUCUCGCGCUCCCUGCAGCCCAGCUUCCAGAACCAGAACCACAUUCCGCAGGUGUCCAGCCCGGCGCCCAUGCCUCGGCCCAUGGAGAGCCGGACGUCGCCCGGCAAGUCCCCCUACAUGCACCCGGGGCCGGCCAGCAUGAAGAUCCAGAAGGCCGGGCCCCCCGUGCCCGCCUCUCACAUCGCACAGCCCCCCGCGCAGCCGCCACUCAUCAGGAGAGACGUGGCGUUCCCGCCUGGAUCCAUAGAGGCCACCCAACCGGUCCUCAAGCCACGCCGCAGGCUCACCACCAAAGACAUCGGAACACCAGAGGCGUGGAGAGUGAUGAUGUCACUGAAGUCCGGCCUGUUAGCUGAGAGCACGUGGGCCCUGGACACCAUCAACAUUCUACUGUAUGACGACAACAGCAUCACUACCUUCAACCUCUGCCAGCUUCCUGGUUUCCUGGAGCUGGUGGUGGAGUAUUUCCGGCACUGUCUCAUCGAGAUCUUCGGCAUCCUGAAGGAGUACGAGGUGGGAGACCCGGGCCAGCGCACCCUCAUUGACCCCAACGCCGCCGACCCCGACCUCUCGGACAACGAGCUGGAGGACAUGGAGGACCUGGACGAGGACGAGGAGGAGGAAGAGGACGAUGUGCGAGAGGAGAAGAGCAGCGCUGCUGACGUCACGUCAACAGAAGUCGAGGUCAAACAGGAGAAGGACGAGUCCGAAAAUGACGACGCGCACGAAAAGAAAGAGGAAAUCGAGACGCCGUCAUUGCCAUCAUCGACGUCGUCAUCGUCGUCCAAAGAGCCCCGCGCGUCCAGCCCCUCAGCCCAGGACGGCAACACUACUCAGGAGAGGCCCAAGCAGGCCAGCAAGUUUGACAAGCGCCCCAUCAAGGUGGUGCGGAAGAGAAACCCGUUCGCCGCCAGCCGGGCCUCCAAGCUCGGCCAUCGGCAGUCGUUCGACAGCGGCCUCCUCCACUGGAGCGCCGGGGGCGGGGACACCACUGACCACAUCCAGACGCACUUCGAGAUCAGGUCCGACCCGCUGGCGUCACGGAAACGGCCAAACGCCUGUGCCGGUCAGAAGCGGAAGAGAGUGACCGAGAACGAUGUUGGGACAACGGUGACCGCGACGCCAACGGCAGCAGCAACGCCAACAACGUCAACGACAGACCAGUCGAGCGAAGAGUCCUCUGGGAAGAAGCUGCCCGCCGAGGAGAAACCAGAGCAGCAGGAGAAAGCCAAAAGCUCCUCCGCCGAGACGGCUUCGUGCAACGCCGACAGGAGUCCAGCGGCCUCCACGAGCGCGCCCAGCACCCCGAGCCCUGCUGACCACGUCGUCCUCUCCUCGCGCCACAAGUCCGGAGACGACAGCGCCCCGGCGGGAGGGCUCACCGGAAGCCGCGGCGCUCCCGACGACAAGAAAGACGCUCCCGCGGCGACGCUCGCGCUCCCCUCCGGCCGCUGGACGCCGCGGUCCGCCAGCCGCGUGCCCGUCCUGGAGGACGAGCCGCACAGCAAGGACGAGACGCCGCUGGGCACGCUGUCCGACUGGCAGGACUCGCUGGCGCGCCGCUGCAUCUGCGUGUCCAACAUCGUGCGCAGCCUGUCCUUCGUGCCGGGCAACGACCACGAGAUGUCCAAGCACCCCGGCCUGCUGCUGGUCCUGGGCCGCCUCGUCCUGCUGCAGCACUGGCACCCCGAGCGCAAGCAGGCGCCCGUCACCUACGAGAAGGAGGAGGAGGAGGACGAAGGCGUGAGCUGCGAGCGCGACGAGUGGUGGUGGGACUGCCUGGAGGCGCUCCGCGAGAACUGCCUGGUGACGCUGGCCAACAUCUCGGGCCAGCUGGACCUCUCCGUCUACCCCGAGAGCAUCUGCCUGCCGCUGCUGGACGGGCUGCUCCACUGGGCCGUGUGCCCGUCGGCCGAGGCCAUGGACCCGUUCCCGUCGCUGGGCCUGGGCGGGGAGCUGUCGCCGCAGCGGCUGGUCCUGGAGACGCUCAGCAAGCUGAGCAUCCAGGACAACAACGUGGACCUGAUCCUGGCCACCCCGCCGUUCGGCCGCCUGGAGAAGCUCUUCGGGACGCUGGUGCGGCUGGUGGGCGAGCGCAAGGUGCCCGUGUGCCGCGAGAUGGCGGUGGUGCUGCUGGCCAACCUGGCGCAGGGCGACAGCAUGGCGGCGCGCGCCAUCGCCGUGCAGAAGGCCAGCGUGGGCAACCUGCUGGGCUUCCUGGAGGACAGCCUGGCCGCAACGCAGUUCCAGCAGAGCCAGGGGGCGCUGGUGCAGCACAUGCAGGCCCACUUGGAGCCCACCAGCGUGGACAUGAUGCGGCGGGCGGCCCGGGCGCUGCACGCUCUCGCCCGCGUAGACGAGAACCACUCGGAGUUCACACUGUACGAGUCGCGGCUGCUGGACAUCUCCGUGUCGCCGCUCAUGAACUCGCUGGUAUCGCACGUCAUCUGCGAUGUCCUGUUCCUUGUCGGCCAGUCGUGACGGCUGGGGGUUUAAACGCCUUUUCUGCCUCAGACGCCUCCUGCUCCCGCCACCCCCCACCCCCACCCCCACCCCAAAGCUCCACCUUCUCCGUAGGAUUAUUUUUGUUUUUGGUUUACCUUCUGCCACCUGUGUGUCUGCUCGAGUGAGUGAAUGAAUGGAGAAAACAGCAGAAAAUGACUGUCGUAUUUUUUUUUUUUGUUCCCGUUUUUUAUUUAUGCAAAGUCACCUCGGAUUCCACUGACCUAUCCCUGAACCCCUCAUCCCACCUGUCUCACUGAUUUUUGGCCUCUCUAAAGGAGCAAUUUCAUGAAGUAGUUGUGGAUUUCCAAAUUGCUUCCCAACACACACACCCCUCCCCUCCAUUCUUAAAAGGAGAGACUGUAAAGUCAAAACGACCUAAACAAGACCCACCCCAGCUUGGACGAGUGUACUGCCCUUUGAGAAGUACUGACAUUUUUAUAUAAAGAGAGAAAAGAAAAACUAGAUUUAACAAAAUUCAACAAAAAUGCUCAAAAAAAAACCUGAAACAAAAACCAACACAAAAACUGUAACCAAAGUUGCCGUCUUGUUUACAGUGAGUCUGGGAGGGGGGAGGGGUGAUUGAUUCUCCUCAAAGGCAGGGGCAACUAUGGGGCAGGGGGCAACGGGACUGGACAGAGGGGGGUAUUGGAGCGCAGGGGUUUUUCUUUUCCGGUUCUGGUGCGGAGCCUGGACUGACUCGCAGAACCCUCCUGUGAGCAAACGUUGCUGUAAGAAGAACUCCCCUGCGUCGGGCCGCUUGGGGCGCCAGGCCGUCGCCUGGGAAACGGGACGUGUGAACAGAUGUGUACACGGGGAGACUUGUGCAGUAGCUUGUAGGACGUUUUAUUUUCUUUCUUUCUUUCUUUUUUUUUCGUACUGUACACCUUAAAAAAAAAGAAAGAAACGAGAAAAAAACUGGUAACAUACUGUAAUAAUACUGUUUCACACUGAGAUACGCUGGCUUGGCAGCAAAAGAAGAAGAAAAAGAAAAAAAAAAGAAUCCUGUAGUUUUUAAAAACUGAUUUUAGUUGAUGUCGAGAGAGAGAGAGAUUGAAAAAAAGGCUUUUCCCCCAAAGUGUCGUGAACCUACAACACCCGUACCUCUUCUCUCUAUCCCUCGAUGACUUGACCCUCAAUGAAAUCACCUCUUAGGACUGGUCUUUGGCGCUAGAUGCAGUCCAGGCUGCAAUGUAUAUAAAACGAUGUUGUAUAUUUGACAUCCUUUUUGCUCUACUUCCUCACAUCUCUGGCACGCUCUUCUUAUGCACCACUUCAUCUUGAUUCAUUUCUUUUCUUUGUUUUUGUUCAUCAUUCAUUCUUUUUUUUUCUGUUUUUUUUGAACGAAUAAAAAGGCUUAACUCAAAACAAGUCCCACUUUCCUCCCCUAUGUCGUCAUUGCGUAUUGCCAUGUGAUCUUUCUAACGCUUCCUGUGUCAGGCCUAUGGUGAUAGUGUUGGUCGUGGUGAUGGUGGGGGGGGAGGAGGAGGAGGAGAGGUAGGGGUAGGGGGGUUGUACAGCUGCUGUUCAUUGCAACCCCCAAAACCUGCUAGCCACCCCCCCGCCCCCCCUCCCAAAAAAAGCAGAUCAAGUUAUCAAGUUUUGACUCGUCGCCAGGGCAAAGGCGUGUGGAGCAGGAUAUCAGCUAGUUCACCACUGCAGGAGUCAGACCUCUCCAUUGGGUGGAGAGGUCCGAUCGAAUGAUUUUAUUUACUCCCCCCCCCCCCCCCCCCCCCCCCUGUGACAUGGAUUACGCAUAUUUGUAUUUCAGACAAUGUAGCUAAAACCUUGAUGUAAAUUCCUUUUUUUUUGUUUUUGUUUUCUUUUUUUGGGGCUUAAUGAAUAUCAUUUAUUCAGUAUGAAAUCUUUAUACUAUAUGUUCCACGUGUUAAGAAUAAAUGUACAUUAAAUCUUGGUAAGACGC